GUUCAAAAUUUCAGACCACAGACAUAAAUAUCAAGAUCUUUUCCCUGAUGUACCACUGCUACCAAAGCAUCACUAUUUGGAGCAUUAUCCACAACUGAUCAGGGCGUUUGGUCCUCUUGUGGGUCACUGGACCCUCCGAUUUGAAGCUAAGCAUAGCUUUUUCAAGCAGGUUAUUCGAUACACUAACUGCUUCAAAAAUGUCCCUCUGUCCUUAGCUACUAAGCAUCAGUUAAUGAUGUCCUAUCAUUUGAAUUCCUCCAGUUAUGAAAAGGAUGGUCUUGAAAUUACAAAGGCGUCAAAAGUUCCAGUGGAUGUUUUGAAACAGGAAAUGGCUCUGCUUGUUCAACAGAAAUUCCCCAGUGCUUCUAAUAUUGAUCUCACUAAAUGUGUAUCAUACAAAGGUGUAACAUACAGGAAUGGCAUGAUUUUGGUGCAUGGGUCAACGAGUGGUCUCCCUGACUUUGGAGAGAUUAUUCAUAUUUGUGUUGUACAGAACACGCUGUGUUUCAUGCUGAAAAGACACUCUGGGUGGUACAGGGAACACUUCCGAUCAUUUGAAUUAAGUCCGUGUCCAACCAUAGAAACUAUUUUGGUGGGAAUUGAGGAAUUGGCAGAUGUUUACCCUUUGGCAGAUUAUUUUGUUGGAGCAGUUAGAAUGGUGACACUGAAAAGAUAUGUAAUUUUGUAAGGAGCAAAAUAUGGUAGCGUUUAAAAAAAGCCAAGGACACUUAGUGUAGUCACAGUUUACAUCAAGGUCCGUUUUAUAAGUCCAAUAUGUCUAAACGGCCAGGGAUGAUUUGAAAUGUUUUUGUUUUCUACUUCUGACAUGUGUUCUUCUUCAUUCAUAGUUAAGCUAUGGCUGCUCCUGUGAUGCUCAGAGUUAUCUUGGGUGAAAAUGACUCUACAAGAUUGACUCUCCCCAAUGGCAUACCAGAGUCUGUUGAUGACCUAAUACGGCACAUCAAGAACCAAUUGGAACUAGAGGGUGACAUUAGACUACAAUUUAUGGAUCAGGAGUUUGGCAAUGAGUUCAACAAUUUGACUUCAACUUCUGAAAUAGAAGACAAAAGCACCAUUAAAGUCAUCCACCAACCAUUCAUCAUAAUUGCCGGAAACCACCUUGAUGACUCCACACCACCUUCACCACAUUCUAGCUGUCCACCACCACCGUUUCCAUCUCCUUACCCAUCAAGCUCAAGCCUUUCCACGUCACCGUCCAUUGCAUCAUGUGACACUGACAUACUAUCUUCUCCCGAGGCCAGCUCCUCAAGGUCCUCUGCAUGGCCUCUCAUCUUUAAAGUGCCACGCUUCCCUUACGAUGCAGAACUAGAGCUUGAGAAGGCGAAUGCAGCCCUCAAAGAUGAUGGGACUUUGUUGGACCCUGGCACCAAACUGAAAUCUUCCAUUCUUAAUGGUUUAAUGGAGGAAAUAAUGAAGUACAAAGUCUAUCCUUCUGAUACAGAGCUCGGUGAAAUUGCUGAAGCACUUGUCACCACACAUCCUUGCCUCAAAGAGCCGGGAUCAAAGACUGGGUAUGAAGGAUGGAAGACAAGCUUAAGGUGGAAGAUAGGAAAUUACAGAACGAGGCUACGUCGGCUGGGACAUCCAGAAGUUGCUGUGAAUGCCCAGACCAACAAACGCGUAGGAAGCAGUCCUGCCUCUGGAGUUAAGAAAGCCCGUAAAGCGGAGGUAAACUUCUGCCCGGCUCUUCCUUCUGGGGAGACAAUGGACACACAAGAAUCCAAAAGAGUGGCACUUCUGUCUGAAGUCGACAAGAGAAACAAUGAAAGUCACGUGACUCAGUUGAUGGAUCAGACCUUUUCCUUGAGAAGACAAGAAGUCAUGCAGGAACCACUGAUUGCUGAAUUCAAGACAAGAUGGCCGGCACUCUUCACUGUUCGUGAGGUUUGUGCCGAGUUCAGAAGAAUUACAACAGUCAACUUGGAGUCCAAGUUCUUCUUCAACCUGGAUGCUUAUUCUCCAAAUCUGAUGAAGGCGUUCAGCAGGAAAGGGGGGAGUGUUGGACAAAGCCUCAGGAGAAUAAUGUUACCCAUAUCCCAGGACAGUGACAUAAAUGUCAGACGCGAAUGCAUCCUGAAGGGACUUUGCACCUACUUCAAAGAAGACCCUGGAAAGUUGCUGAAGGAAUACAUGGCACAAGAUGCGGACACCGAAUCGGCUUUGGCAGAAACCGUCCAUGCAAUCUAUGUGAUCCGGCAUGAGGGUGCAGAACCUGGCGACAGUCCUGAGGACAUCGGAAUCAUCGUGGAAGGGGUGACCGUAAUUGACGCCUUGCCAAAUGUCCCUUUUGCAGUUGCCAUAUUUCUUGCCUUGGUUUAUGCAAUGAACUUGUGUUAUCCUCCCGAACUCAAGAACACAUUCGAAGCCUUGCAGAAAAUAAUGCUAGAUUUGGAUGGGAAUAGGAUGGGAAGGAAAGUGCAGGUUCUCAAAACGAUACUUUCCCGCUGAAGCUCUAAAGUCCAACCACUCUUAGCUUUUGUGUGCGUAUUUGCACGUGUGUGCAUGUUUGCGCAUGUGUGUGCGCGCGUGUAUUUUGCGCAUCUGCAUGUUUGUUUGCAUGUGUUGUGUUUGCAUGCGUGUGUGUGUUGGUGCGUGUGGGUUUGCGCAUUUGUGGGUUUGCGCGUGUGUGUGUUUGCCUGUGUGUGUGCGCGCGUGUAUUUUGCGCAUCUGCAUGUUUGUUUGCAUGUGUUGUGUUUGCAUGCGUGUGUGUGUUGGUGCGUGUGGGUUUGCGCAUGUGUGGGUUUACGCGUGUGUGUGUUGGUGCGUGUGCUGAAGUGUGGCAGGGAGAGAGAAAAUCAUCUUGCAUUACUUGUGCCUGAAAAAAGUAAGGUGACAAAUACUGUAUAUAAAUAGUUCACUGAUAGUGUUGGAGAGAGAGACACAAAUGGCGUUUCGGGCAUAUAGAAAAGAUCGUCUCAGUAAGUCAAAACAAAUUCGGAGUCCGUAGCUUGUACGUCCGUAGCUUGUACUUUAUGCCGCCCCCACACCAUAGGCACUGUAGGGGUGCGCUACAGAGCCCCUGGACCGAGUAAGGGGCGGGGCUUGUUUGGAGACGUACGUGCCGCCCUACAGAAUACCUGUGCCAAGUAACUUUCAAAGUUAUGCAUAGCAACCCCCCUGAAAAAGGGCCCGACGAUGGCACAUUUUCGGUGUUUUUAUUCAUCAAAAUUCAUCAAGCUGCCAUCUUGUUUUCUUACAACAUAUUGAAAAUGCAUCCGCUAUGUCUUGAUCAUAUACACAUUGAAAUGAAACAGGUCAGCUGUACAGUUCAUGAGGAGUACUUCAAAGUCUAUCGUAUGGCAAUUUUUGUUGCAUGUCAAAAGUUCAACUUCAAGUUGAAUGAUCGCACUUCCUGUUUGGUGUUCCCAUUGGUUCUUUUUUGUUCUUUUUUUCAUUGUUUUUUGUUUGUCUUGGUGAGAUACACCCCAAAAAAUGUGGAGUCCUUAGCUUGUACUUCAAACUGAUACUGUCCCAUUUUUGGAAAUAAGCUGAUAUUACACCUCCCCCUGAGUUAAAU